UCUCCCAACGAUAAACGAGCGAGAGAGAGAGAGAGAGGGGAAAAAAAAAACUAAAAAAACAUGCCGAUUAACCGGAGAGUUCUGACGCCGGUCGCCGCCGCUCCGGUUGUCUUAGCCGUCGUUUGCUUCUUCUUUUGGUCAUCAAUCAUCGCGCCGGACCGUCUAAAGGACACGAAACACGUCCUACAAGUGGCUAAGACCAUUCCUCUCCCCGGCGAUGGACCAGAGAGCUUAGAAUUCGAUUCACAAGGUGAAGGCCCGUACGUAGGCGUCACCGACGGUCGCAUCCUCAAAUGGCGCGGCGAAGAACUUGGUUGGGUCGAUUUCGCAUACAUGUCUCCUCACAGAGAUAACUGUUCGAGGCAUGAGGUUGUUCCUAGUUGUGGGAGACCGUUGGGACUUAGCUUCGAUAGGAAAACAGGAGAUUUGUACAUAUGUGAUGGUUACUUUGGGAUCAUGAAGGUCGGACCAGAGGGAGGCUUGGCCGAGUUAGUCGUUGAUGAAGUCGAAGGUCGCAAAGUUAUGUUUGCUAACCAAAUGGAUAUUGACGAAGAGGAAGAUGUCUUUUACUUCAAUGAUAGUAGCGAUAAAUACCAUUUCGGGGAAGUAUUCUACGUGUCUAUAUCCGGGGACAGAGUGGGAAGAGUGAUUAGAUACGAUAUGACGAAGAAAGAGGGUAAAGUUAUAAUGGACAAACUCCAUUUACCAAAUGGUUUAUCUCUAAGCAAAAACGGAUCGUUUGUAAUCACCUGCGAAGGUGGUACAGGGAUUCUCCAUAGAAUAUGGGUAAAAGGACCUAAAACCGGGACCAGCGAAAUCUUCGCAAGGGUCCCGGGUCUACCGGACAAUAUCCGGCGUACACCUACGGGUGAUUUCUGGGUCGCCUUGCACUGCAAAGACAAUUUGUUUACUCGUUUAUUUCUUAGUCACUCUUGGAUCGGAAAGUCUUUCAUGAAGACGUUGAAGAUGGAGACUGUGAUUCAUCUUAUGAACGGAGGGAAACCUCAUGGAAUCAUCUUGAAACUCUCUGGAGAGACAGGAGAGAUUCUUGAGACACUUGAGGAUAGCGAAGGGACAACAAUGAAAUAUGUUAGUGAAGCUUAUGAAAGAGAAGAUGGAAAGUUAUGGUUAGGCUCUGUGUAUUGGCCUGCCGUUUGGGUUCUUGAUACGUCGGUUUUUGAUGGCAAAUGAGUAUCCCAACGCCAAUAAGAGUAACAUCUUAAUUAGUGGCGUUAUUUGUUUGCUAGCACAAAUGCAUCAUGUUUAUGCAUCUUUUUUUUUUUGAGUGAAUGAAAUAAAAACACGGAUUCUACAAAGUUUUUAUUUCAAUUUAAUUAGUUGAAUCUAGUUUUGAGUAAUUACAAAUUGUCGGUGGGGUUAAACUGUAAAGUGUGUCGUGUCUCGCAUGACUAGAUUUGGAGUUUGGCGAGUUUCUGACAGAUUAUUGAAAACUCCAACGAUCAGAAAACAAGAUUCCCAACAAUUGAUGUUGUCGUGAUAGCAUUGGCUUGGUGG